AUGUCCUCGCUUUGGAAGGCCGCCUACUUGUUCUCCUUGUUCGCGUCGGCGCUUGGCCAAAGGUCUAACGUCGUCUGCAGUGAUGCCUACGACUGGGCUUUUAACGACAGAAACCAAAGUCCAUGCUUAGUUUCUUCGUAUCUUCAGUCGGGCUGUGGUACCAUCGUCUCGGUUGACCUUAUCCCUGAAGGAACCCACUAUAGUGGGCCAAAUGCCACUCGGGCUAAUGUCUGCAAUUGUAACACCGUGGUUUACUCCCUCACUGCGGCCUGUGGUGCAUGUCAAGGACGGACAGUAGCCAACUGGACGACAUGGGUAGCCAACUGCCCACCAACCUUCCGCACAAUCGCAGACUUUCCCAAUGAGAUUCCAGAGGGCACUGUGGUUCCUCGAUGGGCGUAUAUCAACGUGACUGAAUUGCCGGAGCAGCGAUGGAAUGCAGCUCGAGCGCGGCAAGAGGCCGCCGAGUCAGAAACACCAUCCAGUACACCUAACACACCAACAUCUGAAAGCUUACCUCCAAUCAGCCAGAGCACCUUUAACUCGGAACAGACGUCGAAGCCUACUCAGGGCUCAGAGAGCGCAGGCAAAUCGAACGCAGGCGCUAUCGCUGGUGGCAUUGUGGGAGGUCUCGUGGGUCUCGUAGCGCUUGGGUUGGCCAUAUUCUGGUUCUUGCUCCGCAAAAAGAGGAAGGACGAAACCAGUCCACCGCGGGACUUCGUGAUAGACGACGGCGCCAGCCAUGCUCCCCUUGCAGCCAGCUCUCCGCCGCCCAGCUCUCCGCCCCCCAUGACCAUGACCAGCCAAAGUGGCGCUGUCUCUCCCAUGAACCCUAAUUUCUACAAUACUUCCUUUGACACCGGAUAUUUCCCAGCGGCUUCACCUCCGCCUGCUUCUGUCAUUCAAACGACUAUUACGACGAGAAGAUCCCAAGAAAGCUUGAAUGCUUCGCAAUUUGGCACCCAGAUAGCGCCCCCGAGCCAAGUAUCCUCUAGCCAGGCUCGUGGUUAUACUGGAGUCGCAGAAGUAUAAAACAUGUAUAUGAUGUAGGGAUUUCAGUGUAUGGUCUGAUUCUCUCAGCCUAUUUAUCGCUGAUACCUGGUCACCAA